AUGCCUUUCACCGCUUCCGAUAUCUGCAAGAUCCUCCUUGCCAUCAUCCUCCCGCCCGUCGGUGUCUUCCUCGAGCGUGGCUGCGGUGCCGACUUCUUCAUCAACAUCCUGUUGACCAUUCUGGGUUACCUGCCCGGUAUUAUCCACGCUCUGUACAUCAUCUUGAAGUAUUAA